AUACCAAAACAUCAUGUUUCACAACAACAUAAAGGUCAUAAGACACUUAUAUAUGUAGUUGACCGCAAAUUUUGCAGUCGAAUAAUAUCAAAGAAUUCAAUGUUUAAAAAUUUCUUAUUCUGAAAGACUUGCUAUCGAGGUGUUCGACAACUUUAUUUAAAUGUGUUGAUUUUUCUCAAAAUAUAUUGAUUUGAGAAAUGGAACUGCAGUCAAACGAAGCCGCGGUUGGCGUGAAAAACGAAGGCGCUAUAUUGUUGGAUAAUCAGGUCAGCUCCCCUGAAGCAGGAGAAGAAAAUAUGGCAUCGCCUUCUGUGAACAACGAGGUAUCGAAGAACAAAAUGCGAGAUGGACACAGUAUGGUCGAUAUGAUUAUGGUAUACGAGAUUCCAGACCCAUCCACUCUGAAUGAUGAGGAUGAAAUAAAAGAAGAAGAUAAGAAAAACAAAAUCCGCGAAUUCUACAUCGACGGUUUGAAGGCUAAAGGUCUUCUCAUUGAGAUUGACCAAUUAAAAAUAAAGAAAAACGCUGAGGACACAAACGACAAGAAGCCAACGACGUGUUUUGUCAAGAUUCAUGCACCUUGGGAAGUACUGACAAAAAUGGCCGAAGAGAUGUUUCUGCGCAUGCCCUUGCAAAAAUCGGACAUAAAAAUUCCAUCGACACUUGAAACCGUGUUUGGCGAGCAGUUGGUGGCAAAAUUCAACAAUGCAAAUCCUUUAGAAUACGAAAGACGUAUUACACCAGACGACGUUAUGUAUUUCACGGCGUACUUUACAAAGGAGCAUGAGGCCGAGUUUGUGGGCAUUGAUAACCAUGAUACAUUCUUUACUCCCACCGACCGUGUACGCAUGGUCGAAAGAAUCAUGGGACAGACGCCAUUCGAGGACUCGGAGGAUUUGAACAAGGUUGUUGGUAUUGCUAAUUUGAAGUUCACCAACGCGUUCAAGGGAAUUUAUCCAUUGCACGACGGACCGUGUGAGGUCCCAGAGGGUGGUGAGCCAGAAAAUCAACGCCAGCGAUUGCGAUGGGAGUGGGCGCGCUUUAGAAAAUGGUACAAGUAUCAGCCGCUUGACUCGAUUAAAGAUUACCUUGGAACAUCUAUUGCACUGUACUUUGCCUGGCUUGGUUUCUAUUGCACAAUGUUAGCACCUGUUGCCUUCCUUGGCUUCAUAGCGUUCCUUUACGGAGUUGGCGACUCUUACAGCUUCCCUCCUGUGAAGGAUGUUUGUGACAGUAACCAGACCGCUUACGUAAUGUGUCCACUUUGCGAUAAACAAUGUUGGUACUGGUAUCUAAAAGAUUCCUGUACGUACAUGCGCGUGGCUCAUUUCUUCGACAACAACUUCACCAUUGCCUUUGCCUGUAUUAUGUCUAUAUGGUCAACGCUCUUCCUAGAGCUUUGGAAACGUCUACAGGCGACCCUUUCUUAUAAAUGGCAUACGUCUGAUUUUGAAGAGGUGGAGGAACAAGUCAGACCAGAGUAUGCGGCGGUCGUUACAACACUUCGUGAAAACCCGGUCACUAAUCGUAUGGAGCCGUACACACCGAGGACGACCAUCUUCAGGAAGUACGCAGGUGUUAUCAGCAUCGUUACUUUCAUGAUUACUCUAGUUAUAUCUGUUGUGAUCGGUGUUGUUCUAUAUCGAACGGCUGUUUAUGCGGCUGCUGCAAAGAGUGGUGAUGCGAGUGUUCGCAAGAACGCCAAAGUCCUCACGUCCAUGUCGGCGGCUGUCCUUAAUCUCAUCUUCAUUAAUAUCCUCAAGUUUGUGUAUCAGUACGUUGCAUAUUGGCUUACAAACUGGCAGAAUCCGCGUACUCAGACGGACUGGGAGGACAGCUACACGGUGAAAAUGUACAUCUACCAAUUUGUGAACAUGUACUCUUCCCUGUUCUACAUUGCUUUUUUCAAGAUCAACCUGUUUGUGGGUACUCCCGGACAUUACCUCCGACCUUUUGGGGUGAAGGACUGGCGACUAGACACGUGCGGACCACAAGGAUGCUUGGUAGAGUUGUGCAUACAAUUGGUUAUAAUUAUGGUGGGGCAGCAAAUCAUCAGCAACGUUACUGAAGUAAUGAUACCCUAUUUGACGAAGUUGUGGAAUGAACGUAACACGCAGAAAGAAAGCCUAACACAUUUACCACAAUGGGAACAAGAUUAUUUUCUUCCUGCUUCGGAAGGAACGUUGUUCUGGGAGUACUUGGAAGUUGUCUUACAGCUCGGUUUUGUUAUGAUGUUUGUUGCUGCAUUCCCAUUGGCUCCGUUUUUUGCAUUCAUAAAUGGCAUUCUGGAAAUCCGUGUUGACGCCGUCAAUUUCAUUCGCGACCAGCAACGACCAUUUCCGAAGAUGGCUGAGGAUAUUGGCGCCUGGUACCCGAUCCUCGAAGCCCUUUCUGCAUUCUCUGUUCUCGUAAAUGCAUUUGUAAUAGCGUUUACCUCCGACUUCAUCCCAAAGAUGGUAUAUAAAUACAGUUACAGCCCUGACGAAUCACUCGACGGCUAUUUGAACAACAGUCUGUCAUAUUACGACACCACCUUGUGGAACAAUGAGUCGAGACCUGAUGAGAAGUAUAAAGUUGAAGGUGUCAAACGUCCGCUUUACUGUAGAUACACUGGUUACAGAACUUUUGGCAACGCGGACCACUACACAGCACAACAUUGGGAAGUAAUGGCCGGUCGCUUCGUUUUCAUAUUUGUCUUUCAGUUCACGAUGUCGGUGUUCAAACGUCUUCUUGCAUACGCCAUUCCCGACAUGCCUAGCAACCUUCUCCUCAAGAAGAAACGCGAGGAGCAUAUUGCUGAAGAAAAACUCGACCAACCCAAGGAUAGACGAGGCAAAAAGGGUGCACGAGAAAAAACAUACAUUUAAACAUUUAAUUUGAUGCAUGGUACUUGGAUGUAAUGACAUUUAUUCAUUGAAAACUGUAUUGUUAAGCGCAUUCAAUCUACAUAGACUUGUAGCAGGAAUAGCAUGAGACUAUUAGAAGUUGCAUACUCAUAUUGCCGUAGACAUUUCUAGUAUUCUGAUCUUGCACUGGAAUAUAUAGCACAUUCAUUCAUAUAAGAAAACUGAAAAAAUCCAAUCUACAAAGACUUGUAUUAAGAAUAUACGUAGAGAUUCACUUAAAUACUAAAAGCGGUUGCACCGGCAAGAGGCAAUAUUUUCAAGAAUAUUUUUUUUACAACUAAAAAAUAUAUUAGUCAUUUUCUGAAGUCCCCAAAAAACGCAAAAAAUUAAUUUUCAACUAUCCCCGGUGCUUCUGCCAAACUCAUAUCUUUUGUACAUUUUUCACAUUUGUACUUGAGGAGCAAUUUGAAUAUAAGGAUAUUUACACAAAAAAAGAUAACUGCACAUUCUUGAAUGUAUUUAAUUUAGAUAUUUCUGUAGUUUAAGAAUAGCUUUAAGAAAUAAAACCCCCCAAUUCGCGUGUUAA